ACUUAUAUGUCUCUGUAAAGAUCAUCAAGUCUGCAGGCAUCACAAUAUUGAUCUUCUUCUGCAGUUAUUUGGACUUCUUCAAAGUGAAUAUCCUAAAAUGCAGGGUCUGACUGGAGGAUGGUUGCUCUACAAGGCUACAGGUGGUCAGGGUAAAAGGAAACUGACACUGGUCCCUCCUGAUUCUGAAGGUUACACAGGGACCCUAAUACGCAGUAUAACAGGAAAUGGGAAAAACUUGCUGUAUAUAGUACCUUUACAGCAAGAAUUUGACCUUACUCCGUUACCUCCUGAUGCAGUUGAAUUUAAAAAUAUGCCCAAAGCACAAUGCCAAACAUGCAAAGUAAGUCUGCCAUUGCAUAUUUUGGCUCUUCAUGUGCAGGAGUGCACAGAGUCUGGGUCUUCAGCUGAGGACACAGAGGCAUGUCAAACCGAGGUCCAAAUAGUGUCCGUGCAGCCUUCUGAAGAGCACACCGACACAGAGGAAUUGGAUGAAGAAAAACUUCAGUGUCCUAUCUGUAACUUGAAAUUUGCACCUUAUUUCCUUGAAAUCCAUGCAAGCACAUGCGGAGAAAGAAGCAAAAAUGUAAUAGACGUGGAUGAAAUUGAGGAGAACAUAGUAGAAGAGGACCAUAUGAAAAGUGUCGACGAUGUGUUGGAUGCGAUUUGUCAAAGAGUUGAUGUGGAGAAGCAGUUCAGCAUCCUUAUUUCAAGAACAAACAUUCUGGAGAGAGGCCUUCUGCAGUGGCAACGUCAAAAAAAAAAUUCACCCACUGCCAUGUUGAAGGUGUCCUUCUUUGGGGAAGCAGGAAUCGACACUGGUGCCCUUCGAAAAGAAUUUCUCACAGAAAUGGUCGCCGGAAUCGAGACUCGUUUCUUUGAAGGACCACCACACCAAAAAAGUCCACACUAUUCCCUUACUGACUUUGACAGUGGACUCUUCAGGCAUGUUUAUUUUAAAGAAAGGGAAAACUGUCAUGUUUUAUACUAUAAGCAAUACACUCAUGCUGUUUGUAUAAAUAGGACUGUUGGUGAGAUUCUGGCCGUCAGUUUGGCACAAGGAGGUCAUGCCCCUACAUUUUUCAGCCAGUGGGCUUACAGUUACCUCUGCAAUGGGCAGAUCAACCCAACACAGCUGGAUAAAAAUACAGUGGCAGAUUCACAGUUGCGGUUACUGAUUGACCAGGUGGAAUCUUCAACUGAGCAGUCACUUCAGGGCCUUACUGAUGAGAUUUUAAACUGUGGAUUCACUGGAGCCAUCUCGGUUCAACACAAGGAACCGAUUGUCCGAGCCAUUACACUCCAUGCUGUGCUUAGAUUGCAGCCAAUGUUGGAACAACUCAAGGAGGGUUUGCAGCUGUAUGGCCUCCACCUGCUGAUUAAGCAAUACCCAGAAAUCUGCCAGCCUCUCUUCGUCCUUGGGGGAGAUGUUACACAUUUUGUUACAUUACAGACACAAAUAUGAAUCUAUUUUAUUUGAACUCUAAAUGAAACACCUACACAAAGUGGUGUACAUUGGAGAAGUGGAACAAAAAUCAUACAUGAUG